AUGCCAGUUGACCAAGAGAAAUUAGCCAAGUUGCAAAAGUUGUCUGCCAAGAACAAGGUUGGUGGUACCAGAAGAAAGAUGACCAAGAAGACUGGUUCUUUGUCUUCUUCUAACAAGGAUGACACCAAAUUGCAAGCUCAAUUGGCCAAGUUCCACGCCGUUACUGUCGAUAACGUUGCCGAAGCCAACUUUUUCAAAGACGAUGGUAACGUUAUGCAUUUCAACAAAGUCGGUGUUCAAGUCGCUCCACAACAUAACACUUCCGUCUUCUACGGUAUCCCACAGGAAAAGGGUUUGCAAGAAUUGUUCCCAAACAUUAUCUCUCAAAUGGGCCCUGAAUCCAUUCAGGCUUUGACCCAAUUGAGUGCUCAAUUGCAACAAGCUCAACAAGCUCAAAAGGGUGCCCAAGGUGGCGAAGAAGCUGGAAACAAGGACGAGAGUAUCCCAGAGUUGGUUGAAGGUCAAACUUUCGAAGGCGAAGUCGAAUAA